GCUCAAUUUAAAUGGAGCCUGCAUAUUAAAACAGACACGGACUUCCAUCUUUUGCCAUCGAUAUCAAUACAGACAAUAAUCGAUGGGCAAUACCCUUAGAGGCGGGGGUACCGAGGAGAGGACUAGUGAUAUUAGUAUCAUAGCAGAUGACUACUACGAGGCCAAUAUCAAAGGCAAUGAAUCAACUCAAUCAAGCAUAGCUGAGAGUGGGUUCUACAGAGCUAUAUGCGAAAUCGUCGAAAAAAUAAACCAUCAACAUAAUAACACACAAAUUAACGUGCCAACGGAAAAGAAACUCAAGGAAGCAUUUAAGGCUAACCACAGAGAAGGGACAGGAAAAUUGACAAAGGAAGAGUUCGGAAGAUGUGUGCAACAAGUGAUAAGGGAAGCAGGGAUCAGUGGUUAUGGAGCCAAGGACUCACUUAUUUACAUCUUCGGGGUUCCCAUAACUGCACUCUUAAUCAAGCAAUCAGUAAUGCCUCGUGCAGUUUCGAAUGACUACUUCAUUCCAGGAGUCACUUCCGCAACUGCCUUGGUGCUCGCCAAACUUAACAAGAUUUAAUUACUAGUUAUCGACUUAAUUAAUUAAUUUGCAAUAUAUAAUUGUACCAUGAUUAACGUACUGCCAGUUGUUGUAUGAAGUCGAUCAAUAAUUAUUAUACGUGAACAAAUUGCCAAUCUUA